AUGAUUCGCUCUUCAACCGAAUGGGUAGACAAUGUCAGUGUUAAAGCAGUUGAAGAUACUUUGCAAUCGAACGGUUUCUGGACGACCCUCUUGACCGGUUACCGGGUCACGCGGGUCAUUGAGGUCAAGCAGCGCUUCCAAUCGAUGGGAAAGAGUCUGGGACUACGUGCAGAAAAACCACCUGCUGCAGAAGGCAAUCUCGCUCACUUGGCCGACGUGCUCGAUUUCAAGAGCAAAAAUGCGCAGUAUGAAGUGCUGGAAAAGACCAAGACGGCAAAGACCACCAAGUUUCAGCUGAAAACGGCUGUUUGCGAGUCUAGUUGUUCUACGAUGGACUCCGUAUGCUCGGAACGAUGA